AUGGGAUUAGUAAUAUUACAUAUUCAAUGGAUUAUGUUAUCAAAUCAAUUUACUAUCUUCGUAACAAAACAUAUUAUCUCACCAAAUUUAAAGGAACAUAUCUUUAGAAUUACAAUAGAAAUGUUUGAUGAAUCAUUACUAUCUCAUUUAAGACAAAAACAGGAAUUUAAACCUCUACAAAGUAUGAAAUAUGAUCCAACUUUACAAAUAUAUGUUAGAGGUGCAGAAAUGAUUAGAUCAUUCUUAUGGAAAUCAAUAUUAUUUGUAAUAUCAUUAGUACCUAUUUUGGGACCUUUAUUGUACAAUCAAUUAUCAUCAAUUAAGAGAAGUUUUUCAUUAGUACAAUAUUAUCUUUAUAAUUUGAAAAAUUUAAAUAGGGAACAAGCAAUGCAAUAUAAAUAUAAACAUCUAACAUCUUUCAUAUAUAUGGGGAUGUCAGCUGGUAUCUUAGAGAUGUUACCAAUAUUUUCUGUCUUUACAAUGAUUGGCAAUGUUGUUGGUGGUGCCUUAUGGAGUAUUGAACAUUUGGCGGAACAAGAUAAAUUAUAUUCUCAACAAGAAUAA